AAUAAUUUUACUUCCCAAGAAUUUGAUGGCUAAGAAUGGGAACUUUCUUCUUUCACGAAUUUUAUAGCCAUUGUAGUUUACAAUAACAUGGAAGAGCUUUUUCUUUCUUUAUCUUUGGUCUUUUGGUUUAUCUGAUGUAGCUUAAAGCUAUCAUUUUUGUCUUUUGGAUCCAUUUUGGCUGAUUUUUCUCGUCUUUUCCCAUCCUUUUUUUUUUUUGUUUGUUAGAAUGUGUUCCAUUUUUUUAGCCGAUAUGAAAUAGAUCAAUGAUUUCUGUAGGUUUUUAUCAUCUCUGCCAUACAGAACUAGUUGGAGUUUAUGGCUCAACCUCACAAUUAGCCUCUCUUGAUGAACGUUUUGAAUAAUAUGAAUUCAUUGUUGAAUCUACUUUCUUAACUAGUCAUUAUAUCUUUACGCUCGGGGUGAACCGUGGAUCUCUUAUGGUGGAUUACCCCUCUUGGCAUGGAAAUGUUUAGGCAUUUGCAUUCUCUCUUCAGGCAUGGGCUCAUAGGCUUUGUCCAUUCAAAUAGUCAGAUAGGAUUGGACUUUAGAACCUCGAGAUCCACCGACUUUUGCUGGAAGCUAUGUUCCAAUUUCCAUUCUUCUCCAGAAUGUUAUGUUCAUUCUCCAGAACAAGAAGUAGUGAUUGCUCUAGGAAGCAAUGUCGGCGACAGAGUCCACAAUUUCAAUGAGGCCCUGGGAAUGAUGAAGAAAUCGGGCAUAAGUAUUACAAGACAUGGGUGUUUAUAUGAGUCGGAGCCUGCUUAUGUGACUGACCAGCCAUUUUUUCUGAAUUCUGCUAUUAGAGGUACAACCAAGCUUGGACCUCAUGACUUGUUGAAAGUUCUUAAACAGAUCGAGAAAGAUUUGGGACGGAAAGAUGGAAUACGGUAUGGUCCGAGGCCAAUCGACUUAGACAUUCUUUUCUACGGGAAAUACAAAAUUGAGUCUGAGUACCUUACAGUGCCACAUGAGCGAAUAUUUGAAAGGCCUUUUGUUGUGGCUCCUCUUCUCGACCUAUUAGGAUCAUCUAUCGACAAUGAUAACGUGGCAUGUUGGCAUUCUUUCUCAGGACAAAAGGAUGGACUAUUUGAAUCAUGGGAAAAACAAGGUGGUGAACCAUUGAUCGGUAGCAAAGGAUUGAAAAGGGUUUUGCCAAUUGGAAAUUCGGUAUGGGAUUGGUCAAGGAAAACACACGUGAUGGGUGUUAUAAAUUUGACGCCUGAUAGUUUUAGCGACGGAGGAAAGUAUCUAGAGCUCAAAGCUGCAGUUUCACAGGUCAGGUUGUUAAUCUCAGAAGGGGCAGAUAUUAUUGAUAUCGGAGCUCAAUCUACACGUCCUAAUGCAAGUCGGCUUUCUGCCGAUGAAGAACUUCAGAGGCUUAUCCCGAUAUUAGAUGUAGUUACUAAAAUGCCCGAGAUGGAAGGGAAGCUAUUAUCGGUGGAUACCUUCUAUUCUCAAGUUGCAUUCGAAGCAGUAAAUAAAGGAGCCCAUAUUGUCAAUGAUGUCUCCGGCGGACAACUCGAUCCUGAAAUUCUCAAGGUAGUAGGAGAUCUUGGGGUUCCUUAUAUUGUUAUGCAUAUGAGAGGCGAUCCAUUAACCAUGCAAAGUCAGGAAAAUUUACAGUAUCAUGAUGUUUGUGGGGAAGUUGCUUCCGAACUAUACGGUCGGCUGCAUGAAGCAGAAUUGGCAGGUAUUCCGAUAUGGAGAAUCAUAAUAGACCCGGGCAUUGGCUUCUCGAAGGAUACACAGCAAAACUUAAACAUAAUCACAGGUCUUCCUUCGAUCCGGAGAGAACUCAGAAAGAAAAGUUUGGCCGCUUCACAUUUGCCGAUCUUGUUUGGACCAUCUAGAAAAGGAUUUUUAGGCGAGAUAUGCAACCGUAAGAAUCCCAUCGAGAGAGAUCCUGCUACCAUUGCUGCUGUAACAGCAGGAGUUUUGGGAGGCGCAAAUAUAGUCAGAGUGCAUAACGUCGGCUAUUGUUUGGAUGCUGCAAAGGUCUGUGAUGCAUUGCUUGGACAACAAAGUUAAUGGGCAAGCAUAAGAUGAAACAGUGACAUGCUUGAGGCUCUACAAAUAAAAUAGUCUUUGGCUGCUAUCUCUCGUCGACGUUCAUCUCUGGUCUCUAUGUUUCUUUACUCUUGUUGUUGUUGUAGUUCUGUUUUCUCAUCAGACUAUACUGGAGAGAUGCUAGAAAAGUUUGUCUAACUCACAGGAUUGUUGAAGUCUUGAACAGCUCGGUAACCACAAAAGCAAAAAUUGCAUGUUGGGCUAAAUAAAUGGCAAAAAGUAAAAGGUCGCUUCAGUUUUUUUUCCAGAA